GUCACGCUCUGUUAGCUCCGAAAGUGGGGUCUUUGCUGCGCGAGGCUUGCAUCCAAAUAUUUCGCCAAGAGCAGCAUCGGUGACAGGCGGGGAAGGAAGGUGGGGGCGCGUUUUUGCGCCUUUCCUCGAGAUGUUGCCUGCAUCGGUUUAGCGAAAUGCAUUGUCGCGGUGCAAAGUUUCACAUCUGAAAACUUGCCAAUGAAGAGCAGCAUUUCUUUCAAUUCAAACGAAAUGUUUGAUACACGGGAGCAACCUGCGCUAUGAUUCUGCUGUCGCUAUGAUCCCUUCCACGGCGUUAUGGGCGAUAUAUUUCCCAAGUGAAACAUUGCAAGUAGCCUACUUCAGAAUUUGUGCGGUGGGAUUCGGGGCUCGCCCCUCAACAGUCCGCAUUCGCCCCCGAAGAGUCGAUUGACGUUGCGCUGAGAAAUAAGUCUCGUCGAAAGGAGAUUGUUUGAUCCUCUACAUUUAAAUGAACUUGUAGGCAUCGACGCAUUCUGCCAACACUCAGGUGCAGGAUUGUCAGGAGAAUGAAGGUGUUGGGGCCUGAGCUGAAGCAUGUCCUGGUUGCGGAGAGGCCCUCCUGCUCCUAGAUGGCUGGCCCUCAUGGUGCUGUCCGAAUGGGCCACCCUGAGCCUGCACUGCUGGGUCCUGGCCGUCCACGGCUCGGCAGGCCCGCAUGAGCCCCUGGACUGGCUCCUGUCCGAGAGAGGCCCCUUCCAUCAGUCCCAGGAGUACACCGAGUUCGUCCAGCGCCACCAACAGGGCUUCACUACACGCUACAAGAUCUACAGGGAGUUUGGGCGAUGGAAGGUGAACAGUUUGGCGGUGGAGAGGCAGGACUUCCUGGACGCGCCCCUCCCUCUCGCCCCGGAGUUCGUGAGCAGCGUGCGUCUCCUGGGCCGUCGGCCCACCAUGCAGCAGAUCACCGAGAACAUCAUCAAGAAGUUUGGGACGCACUUCCUGCUGUCGGCCACCCUGGGGGGGGAGGAGUCUCUCACCAUCUUUGUGAAUAAGAGGAAGCUGAGCCGGGACGGGGUGGUGACAGAAGGGGAUGGCAACCGCACUGUGACCACACUGGAGACCCUCCACCAGCUCGCCGCUUCCUACUUCAUAGACCGGGAGACCACCCUCAGAAAACUGCACCACCUGCAGAUAACCACCUCUGCUAUCAAGGUAACAGAAACAAGGACUGGGCCUCUUGGAUGCAGUAACUACGACAACCUUGACUCUGUCAGUUCCGUCCUUGUACAGAGUCCUGAAAACAAAGUCCAUUUACAAGGUCUGCAGCUGAUUCUCCCCCUUUACCUGCGGGACAGCUUCAUCAAAGCCGCUCUCAGCUACAUCACCUGCAACUCUGCUGGGGACUUUGUGUGCAAGGACAAUGACUGCUGGUGCCACUGCUCCCCCAACUUCCCAGAAUGCAACUGUCCUUACACCGACAUCCAGACCAUAGAGUAUAAGCUGUCCCAGCUGAGAGAGAUGUGGGAAAGUCACAACACAGAGUUUGAGGGCUCAGAUGAGUUCCGGUCCUUUGUGAAGAGGCUGCCCCAGGACCACCUGCUCAACAUGUCUGCCAUCUUCCAGUCGUGGAACAAAGACAUCCAUCUGCAACGUCUCCACAAACAGCUAGAGGGCAACCUGCAGCAGGUCUACAGCAAGACUCAGAGCAUGAUCCAGAAACUCUUCAGCAUGAGCAAACGCUGUGACAAGCAGCCCCAGUACCGGCUACCCAGAGAAAGGCCUCUGGCUCACUGGCUGAAGCUGGUUCAGUCCCUGCUGUAUUGUAAUAAGAACGGCCUGUUGGGCACGUUUAACGAGGAGCUGCAGACGUGUGCCUGCCCGUUGGAGCAGGAGUGCCAGGGACUGCUGCCCUGUCAGGUGGGCGAGGGCCCCAGCUGCGCGGCGUGCACCCUGGACAGUCCGGCCACCUGCAGCAGCUGCAACCCCGGCUACGUGCUGGUCUCCGGGGCCUGCCGGCCCCAGGUGUCCCAGUCCCCGGAGCUCUACCUGGGCCUGGAGACGGACUUCCAGGACCUGGAGCUCAGGUACCUGCUGCAGAAGCACGACAGCCGGCUGGAGGUUCGGGCCAUAUUCAUCAGCAACGACAUGCGCCUGGGCAGCUGGUUCGACCCGUCCUGGAGGAAGCGCAUGCUCCUGACGCUGAAGAGCAAUAAGUACCGUACCAGCCUGGUGCACAUGCUGCUGGGCCUGACCGUGCAGGUGUGCCUGACCCGAAACAGCACCCUGGAGCCCCUGUUGUCCAUCUACAUCAACCCGUUCGGGGGAAGCCACUCGGAGAGCUGGCUGGUCCCUGUGGGCCAGGGCUCUUUUCCGGACUGGGAGAGGACUAACCUGGAGGGGGCCCCCCAGUGCACCAACUGGACCCUGACCCUGGGCAACCAGUGGAAAAGCUUCUUUGAGACGGUGCACAUCUACCUGCGCAGUCGCAUCAAGUCCACCAACGCCCUGGGCAACGAGACGGUGUACUACGAGCCGCUGGAGUUCACGGACCCGUCGCGCAACCUGGGCUACAUGAGAAUCAGCGGAGUGCAGUCGCUAGGCUACAGCAUGCCCUUCGACCCCGAGGCCAUCCACGAGCUCAUCCUGCAGCUGGACUACCCGUACACCCAGGGCUCCCAGCACUCUGCCCUGCUGCAGCUGCUGGACAUGCGCGACCGUGUCAACAUGCUGUCGCCCCCCGGCCCGCUGCGCCUCGACCUCUUCUCGUGUCUGCUCCGCCACCGGCUAAAGCUGUCCGCCAGCGAAGUGACGCGCAUCCGCGACGCCCUGCGCAGCUACGCCAAGCAGCUACCCCACGGCGUGGACUACGAGACCGCCAAGCUGUGCAGCUAGCUGUGAGACCGCCGAGCCGCGCGGCAGACUGCCCGCAGGGAUGCAGACCGGGGGGGCUGGAGGACUCCUGCAAGUGGCUGUUACAGUGUGAACGGGAAUAAAACAUUUUCAGAGUUGACCUUCUAUGGAAUAUAUGGAAACCAUCCUUUGAUUUCCAUGUUAAGUAGGGGGUUUUCUGUGGGCACUCUUACUUUUGGUUAUAUUUGGAAAAGACUUCAUGGAUGUCGUACGAUGAAAACGAUUCUAUUUAACACUGGGCAGAUUUGACCAUUGCACAGUGAAGGUGCUGUAUGGUUCAGAAAAACAGAAUAUAAAGAACUUCUACUGCAAUGCGUACGCAAUAGUGUCAUCUGGCACACCAUUCAGUGGGUUUAAUGUCCUAACAGUCUUUUAAAGGUAUUACAGUGGUGUUUUAUGUUGAAGGCAGCUUUCCAGCAGAGUCAUUGAGUUUGGAAAAUUGUCAAUUUCUUUGUGUUGUCUUCAUUCAAAGUGCAUUGCCUCAGUCUGGAUUUUUUCUCUACAAGAUCACCCAUUAGAAACAAAGGUACCACACACAGUAAUGCUAUGCUAAUGCAUUCAUUUUAAGCUUGUUAGGCAUUCUAAAUAAAAUGUGCAAAACCUUUAGAAGUCAUGUUGUCUGUGUUGAUGCAAGAGUUAUGAUCUGCUGCUCAUCAGAUGCUGUUCCAGGACAGAGUUGCUCCAGCUUUGAAUAGCCGUCAUGCUAAUUGUUCUGUGUGAACGCUGUUGCUUCCUUUCAAUAGGAGCAGUUUAUCAGCCCUGGGACUUUUGACUUGAUUUAUAUUGUUUAUGGAGAGAACUAAUUCAAUAAAAGUACAUUCUUACAAAA